AUGGUAGGGAGAUCUUCUGGAAGGAAUAUUGUAAUGUUGGAAACAAAUGAAAUUGCAACUUGUUUGGAAUAUGAAAUAGUAAUUCACGAAUUAAUGCACACAAUAGGUCUUUGGCACGAACAAAUGCGUUAUGAUAGAGAUGAGUAUAUUAAAGUACAUUGGGAAAAUAUUGGGCCUGCUUAUCUCACACAAUUCGAGAAAGUACCAGAAACAGACAGUACAACAUAUGGUGUUAGGUAA